AUGCCACGUGAGCGGAAGCAAUUUGAACACCCCCUCACCCAUUCCAUUGAACGGCCAACCUCACUCGCGCACUCUCCUGAACUUUGGAUCAUCGUCAACACAGACUCCACCUCCCCUUCCUUCGUCCUACCUACCCUCGACAUCCCCUGCUUGGAGGCUCCCCAGGCGUCUCCUUCAGGCUACUGUCACCCGUCCUUCUCCAGUCUCUUUUCCCCUCGCCCGCCCGUUCUUCUUGCGAUCGUUCACGUCCCGCCCAACAUGGCCGAGUCCGCCGAAAGCCGCACCAUCGUAAUCGUCGGCCAGGGCGGCAUCCAGACCGAUCUUGACCUCGACUCGCUCGCCGAUGCUGAGGUUGCUGAGGUUAUCCCCGAUCUCCUCGCCGACUACUCGGCAGAAUGCAAGGACUGGACGCUGAUCGCUCGCGAGCAUUGGCGUGCCGGGCGUUGGGCGCGUGCCGAGGAGCUCCUCGUCAAGGGCAUCAAGUUUUUUGCGAGUGGGCGUCUUGCCGACCAUAUGGCUCUUGUCAACCUCCAUGCGAUGCUCGCGCACCUUCAUCUCGCGCUGUCGCGCAACGCGCCAAAGUCCAUCUUGGCUACUGCCAAGUAUGAUAUCCUCCAGUCGGAAACGCACACGAAGGAGUACCACUACAACGAGGCGACUACCCAGUUGAAUCGCGCCGAGGAGGCUCUCAGAGCCUCGGGAACCGGUGCCGACGAGGAGCCCAUCAGUGUGGCAAUGGGAAAGAUCAUCCUCUACCUAGCUCGUGGACAGCCCAACGUUGCCCAUCCUCUGGUCGACCGCUUGCUGCAACGGCAACCAAACAACCUCGCGGCACUGACCGCCCAGGCCCGUUUGCAGUUUGCCAGGCGACAGCAUGACCAGGCUUUGGUCACGUACCAGAAGAUGCUCCAGCUCAGCCCCAACAUGAAGCCUGACCCCAGGAUAGGUCUUGGCCUCUGUGCUUGGGUUCUCGGCGACCGGAAGAGGGCCAGGGCGGCUUGGGAACGCGCCAUCCACCAGGACGCCGACUCGUGGGCACCGUUGCUACUUCUCGGCCUGUCAUUACUCAACAUGGCCCGUGAGCUGCAGCACCCUGCCGACAAGCGCUUGAAAUACGAGACGGCCGGUGUGUCGCAUGUUCAGAAGGCGUUCAGGCUCAAUAACAAGAGCACGGCCGCCGCCCUUGCGCUUACUGUUGUCGCCUCCCUGGGAGACAAUAUCCCCUUGGCGUCCAAGCUCGCCGAACGUGCGAUCCAAUUUGCCGACAACAGGCGUCACUCGGUUCUCGCCAACUCGGAGCGUGGACGACUGGGAUUCAUUUCAGGCAACCUGCGUGAGGCUCUCAACUUUGUUGAGCAGACUGCGAAGCGCCUCUCUGGCAAGGGCCCGCUGGAGUUCACUGUCCUCCACGCCUCCCUUCUCGCGUACCCUCACUUGGGUAUGCCUGCCGACGAGUUGGCGCGUAACCAGCAAACGGCCCGCACGAUGCUGUCGGAUGUCCAGACGCUCAUGAGCGCAGCGACGACCGAAGAGGAGAUGGCCAAGCUGCGCGGGAUUUCGAUGGACCCCGAUGUCUUUGUGGAACUCGCCAAGCUCUGGCAGGAGGAGAGCAUGGAGAAGGCCAUCACCUCGUACCAGACCGCCAUCUCGAUCAAGGCCGACGCUGGCUCGGAGGACCUGGCGGACACCCAGACCGAGUCUCAAGAGCGCAAGCCCGUGGACUACGCUGCUGUUCGUCUCUCGACCAACCUCGCAUCGCUGUACGCCAUCCAGGGCCAGACUGAGGCUGCUGAGGGCAUGUUCCAGGAGGCGCUCCAGCAACUCUCAUCUGAGACGGGCAAGGAGGCCGACAUGCUCAAGACUGUAAUUGCCUACGACCUUGGUCGCGCAAACGAGCAGAGCGGAGACGCUGGAAGGGCGACACAAUGGUUCCGCGACGUUCUCAGGCAACAUCCGGAGCACAUGGAGGCCAAGGUCCGACUGUCUACUCUGGCUGCUGCUGCUGGCCGCAACGCAGACGCGCACAACUACCUCAAGGAGUGUCUCCGCGCUGACGAGUCCAACCUCACUCUCCGUUCCGCCUACACCAACUUCCUCAUUUCGAUCGGCUCGUACAAGGAGGCGCUGGCCUUCACCUCGCAGACCCUCAAGUACGACCGCAAGGACGCGUUCACCUUCACCGCUCUCGCCUGGCUGCACUUCACCCUCGGCCGUGAGGCCAAGUCGCCUGCUGACCUGGCCGAGCGCUCAAAACAGUACCUGCGCAGUGCCGAGGCGUACGAACGUGCGCUCUCAAUCGACCCCACCAACGCUAUCGCAGCGCAGGGUCUGGCUAUUGCGCUUGCUGAGGACACUCUUGUCCCCAAGGCCCUCCAGGUCGCUCCUGGCAGCGUCGAGGAGAUGAAGACCCGCACUCGUUUGGCGGGUCAGGCUCUGUCCAUCCUUGGUCGUAUCAAGGACUCCCUCCCCGAGGGUGCCGUCAACGUCAACAUUGGUCACUGCUACUUCAUCCGUGGCGAGGAGGAGCGCGCAAUUGAGGCGUACGGUGCGGCCUUGAGCGCGUAUGGCGGACGCAAGGUCUCGGUUCUUCUCUACCUUUGCCGCGCGUGGUACGCCUACGCCAUCAAGGAGUCCAACUUCUCUGCCAUGGGCCAGGCUCUCAGUUACGCCACCAGGGCGUUCCACGUCCAGCCCAGCGACCGCGCGAUUCUGUACAAUGUUGCGAUGAUCCAGCAGAAGGCUGCCGAGAUCAUGCUUGGCCUCGACCCCUCCAAGCGUCUCCUUGAGGAGCUGCAGCUUGCCCUCAAGCGUGCUCAGGAGGCUGUCACCAUCUUCCGUGCACUCGCCGACGACAAGUCUGGUCCUCUGCCUUACGACGUCGACCUUGCCGACCAGCGUGCACGCUACGGAGAGGGACUGCUUCGCAAGGCGCCUGAGCAGAUUGCCAAGCAGGAGACGUAUGAGGGCGAGGCUGCCGCUCGCGUCGAGGAGGCCCGCCGCGUGCGCGCCGAGGAACAGGCCCGUAUUGAGGCUGCCGCGGCUACCCGCCAGGCCGAGAUUGAUGCCCGUGCCGCCGAGCUCGCCGAGGAGCGUCGCAAGGCCCGCGAGGAGGCGCGCGAGUGGCAAGAGCAGCUGGCGGCCCAGCAGGCCGAGGACGAGGUUCGCAAGAACGAGCGUAUCGAGCAGCGCAAGCGCAAAAAGGAGGACCGCGACAUUGUCGACGACGACGAGGACGUGCCCGAAGGCGAAAGGCGACGUACGAAGAAGAAGGGCGAGCGCAAGAAGCGCAAGCCUAGGAGGAACAGCGACGCCAGUGACGAUGGUAUGGAGGUCGACGAGUCGGCUGCCGUCAGCGGCGAGGAGGACGUGGCGGCCUCACGCCGCAACGCGAUCGCAAUGCUCAAGUCGAGGAAAAAGAAAAAGGCCCAGCGCGCGGCCCACGAGGACCCCGACGAGGACGACGGAGGUGGCGGCGGCGGCGGCGGCCGUCCGACACGCGGCAAGCAGUUCAAGUCCAAGGCUAUUAUCGAGGACUCGGAUGACGACGACGACGAUGACGCUGGUGGUGCGCCUUCGCCUGCGGCCAGCUCGCGGGCGGGAAGCGAGCAGGAAGAUAACGGGGCGAGCGAUGCCGAUUCAGACUAG